UCUGGGUAAGGAGGAAAGGGCGAAUGCCUUGCCGAGACCUGGGUACCGCGCUCGCGACGGUUGAGCUGUGCUGGAGGGAAUCAAGGAUGGCAGGGGAUCAGAGCUUGUGGGCGCGGAUGUUUAGAGGAUGGACACCUAGGAGGGUUGAGGGCGGGGUAGAGAUGGUCUUGCCAACAAGGAACGAGUGGCGCGGCGCGGCCUGCGACUGGGUGGGAGUAGAGAUGGUACCGACUAUGUCCUUUUUGUGGRUAGAACGGGUGUGGGAUCCGGUUCGAGAAAAUGAGGCGUGGGAUGAAAUAGCCGAGGGGAACAUGGAAGCACUUGGGACGGUGUGCCUUUCGAAGAAUGGGUGGUAUAUGUUUUGCACGCACCUAGCGGCGGGACGAAACCCGAUGUGGAUUUUAGAGGAUGUCGGGCGGUUAACUUGGGAAAUGGGGCAGGAUUUUGCAAACGAGGGAUGGGAUGAAGUGGGAAGUAGGGUCGUGAUGGGGGGAUGGGAGGACCUUAGGCUCCCCUACCAGUUAGUCCAGGUGAGGGUGCCGCAUUUUGUUGCGGACUGGUUCGGAGGGUACGAACAUGUUCGCGCCGUAGCGGAGUCCAUGGACGAGGUAGAGAUAGGCUUCGCCUGGCUGUCGGACGCUUAUUACGAAGCGUCGUUGCGAUUCGGGCCGUUUCAUGGGGACCGGGCUAAGGAAGUGGUCGAAAUCCUGAAGGAACUUAAGGACUAUCGACUAGAGGUUGGAGAGGAAGUCGAGGAGGCGAUACUCCGUCGAGAAAUAGCCGUUGCGCCCUCGACGUGGGAAGAAGGGGAACUGGACGGGCAAGGAAGCCAGGAUGGGGACGCACAACACAGGAAGGAUCGGCCCAGAGACACGAGGGACACCCCAACAAGGAAAGGGAAAGAAGGAAUAGAAUUCCUUAGGGAGGAUAGGGAUAGACCAGUCAAUCCACCCCGACUGGACAGCGGAGCAAGCCGACCCUCGGCGUCGCCGGUAAGUGCAAGAGGAUGCGAGGGACUUUGGAGCCUGAGGGAAAGGGUGCUAGGAUGGUUUUACCCGGAAGGGAUCGCAAAGCCAAAAGGGCAACUCGACUUUAGCAAGGAAGGCGCCGAUCCGAGUUCCGCAACAGGACCUGGGAUGAUUGAGGGAGGGCUUAGGAAGGUGGUGUCGUCCCUCACGCGUGCUCUAAGCAAAAACCAGGGAUACUUGGCCGACGCAAAGAAAAAGCUGACUUUCGAUGGCGGAAACAUCACCAAGUUCCUAAUCGAUUAUGAAAACCUAGCAGCCUUACUAAGAUGGACCGAGGAGGAAAAGAUGGAGCACCUAGGCCAGCAUGUGUCACUCAACCUAGGUAGGAACAUAAUGGCAAUCGUCGCAAUAAGCGGAUCAUGGAAAGAGGCCAGGGACGUGAUGAUGAGGAAGUAUCUAGCAGACGAAAAGAUGGUCACGGAGGCGGAACUGGCUACAGUGCAAAGGAAGAAUUUCGCAACAUACAACAACUUCCUAAGGGAGUUUACUCUCGUAGCACUACGAAUCCCCGGAGUGACGGACCGAAUAAUGAGCAAGUACUUCCUAAAGCAGCUCACCGAGUUUGACAACGAUAAGAUGUUGUCCGCCUACUAGCAGACAGCAAAGUUCCUGAACACUAGAGACGUAGAUUUCAACACUAUAAC